AUGGAAAUUAGCAAAAGAGUUAAGGUUGAAAUCGAAGCAAUCGAGUCAAUCGAGGGCCUUAAACUUAUUCGCCCAAAAAUCUUUCCUGAUGAUCGUGGUUUCUUCUCUGAGACCUAUAAUCUUGUUGAAUGGUCCAGUGAACUAAAUUUCAGUGAAAUUUUCAAACAAGAUAAUCAUUCAUUCUCUAAGCACAAUGUUAUACGGGGAUUACAUUCUCAACCUGGUAUGGGAAAAUUAGUAUCCGUGGUUUCUGGAAAGAUUUUUGAUGUUGCCGUCGAUAUUCGACCUAAUUCGAAUACAUUUGGUAAAUGGCAUGGUGAAAUUCUCGAUGGUAAAAGUGGUACGAGAUUCUGGAUACCUGAUGGCUUCCUUCAUGGUUUCUAUACAAUGUCCGAGGAAGGUGCACACGUCAUAUAUAAAUGUACUGAUGUUUAUAAUCCAAAAACUGAAUUUGGUAUAAAUUUAUUCGAUGAAAAUAUUAAUAUAAAGUGGCCAUUUGAUAAUAAAAAUCAGCUGAUUAUCAGUGAUCGUGAUAAAAAUCAUCCAAAAUUUUCUACUUUAAAUAUUGUUUAA